AGUGUAUUUGUCUGCAUGAUGUCAUUUGAUUGUGGAGGACGCGCAGAAGAAAAGCAAAUCGAGAAUUGAGGAAGAAAAGAAAGAGAAAUAGAGUGAAAAAUAGAAGAAAACUUGUGUCAAAUGGUGUAAAGAAUCUGAAGGGGGCGCUAUUUCAACAAUGACUGACCUCAAUUUUGCGCCUCUGCGUGAUCUUCAGGAUUUCCUGGUGGGAGCUUCAUUUGGUCUGCCCAGUGUUCAGGAUCUGGAAAAGUGGGGCAAUCGUGUAGUGAAGAAUCUCCUCUACUACCAGACCAAUUACUUUGCCUCAGCUGUCCUUCUGUGGCUCCUGUUGCUCCUCCUGCAACCCCGGCAAUUCCUUCAGGCCAUUCUUGUGGCUGUUGCUGCUGCUGGUGGCAUGAAGAUUGUUACCAUGCGCCAUGGUGAGGCUCUUGGGGGCUUCCAGAGGCUUCUGGCUGUUGUUUGUGUGAUAUCCCUUGGGAUUCUCUAUCUCCUGGAACUCAUUCUAUUUGCCCUGCUGACUAUCUUGCUACCUUUCUCAGUAAUUUUCGUGCAUGCAUCUCUACGUCUCCGGAAUACUCGUAGCAAAGCCGUAAAUACUUUCCAGGUGAAUCAACUCAAGAGGACCCCAAUGGGCAUCUUUUUGUCUGCCAUGAAUCUUGUUCCGGACAAUGUUUGGCUCUUCAAUUGACUCUUUUCCAAUUUUCCACGCGAUUCUCAUGCUUUGCCGCCUCCCCCCAAAAAGUCAAGCUUAGUUUGUAGAUGAUCUUCUAUUUUGAUUUUGUGAAAUUUAAAUUUAAAAAAAAAAAAUAAAAAAGGAGUUACAUAAAAAA